ACUUCCUUUGUAAAUUCCGGAACUGUAGUUGAAAGUACGGAAAACGGAAUUGUGCUCCCAGCUGUUAGAAAAAGGCGUACGAGAGGCUGGUGUUUAGAGCUGUUAGUGAAAGCAGUGCUUUAUUGUCCUGCAGUCAGUACUAAUAAAUGCCUUACGGAACAGAUUCUUUUUCCCCAGGGACGGUGACGGGUGGAAUCUUAUUUAUUAGAAGAUUUGUAGCAAUGUAAUGUGAGGGGGACACUCGGUCAUUAGGUAUAAAAUGUGGCUAAAUCCAGAAGAAGUACUUUCCAAGAAUGCGUUAAAGCUUUGGGUGACUGAGAAAUCCAAUUCUUAUUUCGUUUUGCAGCGAAGAAGAGGACAUGGUGAAAGCGGUGGUAAAUUUACUGGCUUUUUGGUUGGUGCCCUUGAUGCAGUGCUGGAUUCAAAUGCUCGUGUUGCACCAUUCCGAAUUUUACUACAGGUUCCAGGAUCCCAGUUUUUUUCUGCUAUAGCGUGUGGUGAGUUAUUCAAUGGAUCUGAAGUUUUCUGGGCAAUAGCAAUUGGUGUUACAGUUGAGGAAAUUCAUAACCAUUGGGAGUGGCUUGAACAGAAUCUCCUUCAUACUCUGCCUGUUUUUGACAAUAAGGAAGAUAUUGCUAGUUUUGUGAAUGGGAAAGUAAAGGGCUUAAUAGCAGAGGAAAACAGGAGUAAACUUACUGAGCAGGAAGAGGAACCUGAGAAGUUUCGAGAGGCCAUGGUAAAAUUCAAGACCAGAUUUAACUAUCCGGACUCUGAGAAACUAAUAACCUACUACUCCUGCUGUUGCUCAAAGGGACGGGUACCUCGGCAAGGCUGGCUUUAUCUUAGUAUCAAUCAUCUCAGUUUUUAUUCUUUUUUCUUAGGAAAAGAAGUGAAGGUCAUUAUCCCUUGGGUUGACAUUAUAAAGCUUGAAAGAACCUCUAGUGUCUUUACAACAGAGACUAUCCGUGUUACCACAAGAAGUAAAGAACGGGAUUUUUUUAUGUUUCUCAACAUUGAUGAGGCAUUUUUAAUAAUGGAACAACUGGCUGAUGUGACUAUACGAAGACUACUAGACAAUGAAGCUUUUGAAGUGGAUCCUGCUCUGCAAGACCCCACCCAGAUCACGAAGAGGUAUCCCUGCCAUUUGAGUCGCAUGUGUGUAAUGAAGAUGCAUUUCAAAACCUGAUGACAACAGAUCCGCAAACACAGGAUGAAGCAAAACAGCAGAACAGACAUUCACUAAAUGAAGAAGCAUUGAUGGCAGUCUUUCAUCAACUAGGACCUGAAAAUACAAACUCCAGUAUUUCUAAAGAGCAAAUAAAGGAACGCUUAUGGCGUGACCACUUUUCUGAAUAUGGGCGAACAGUCUGCAUGUUUAGAACAGAAAAGAUAAGAAAACUUGUGUCAAUGGGAAUCCCUGAAUGUCUUCGUGGAGAACUGUGGCUCAUCUUUUCAGAUGCCAUGACUGAUUUUGCUUCCAAUCCAGAUUAUUAUGCUAAUCUUGUUGAAGAGUCAAUGGGCAAGUGUUGUUUGGCAACUGAGGAAAUUGAACGUGACCUUCAUCGAUCACUGCCUGAGCAUCCUGCCUUUCAGAGUGAAACUGGCAUAGCAGCCUUACGAAGAGUCUUAACAGCAUAUGCAUACAGAAACCCUAAAAUUGGAUAUUGCCAGUCUAUGAACAUUCUGACUUCUGUCUUGCUGCUCUAUGCUAAAGAAGAAGAAGCCUUCUGGCUCCUUGUUGCUGUCUGUGAACGAAUGCUUCCUGACUACUUCAACCAGAGAGUUAUUGGGGCUCAGGUGGACCAGUCUGUGUUUGAAGAGCUUAUAAAGGAGCGGCUAUCUGAACUGACUGAGCACAUUACUGAUUUGUCAGCCCUAGCUUCCAUAUCACUGUCCUGGUUUCUGACCCUCUUCCUCAGUAUAAUGCCAUUUGAAAGUGCCGUGAACAUUGUGGACUGUUUCUUCUACGAUGGAAUCAAAGCCAUCUUCCAAUUGGGCUUAGCUGUUCUGGAUGCUAAUGCAGUGGAACUUUGUAGUAGCAAAGAUGAUGGCCAGGCCUUAAUGAUUCUUAGCAGAAAUUUGGUGACCUAACUGUAGAGCAGAUUGAAAGGAUGCGGUGUAGACAUCGAAUACGUGUGUUACAGAACCAUGAAGAUACUACAAAAGAAAAUGUGCUUCGAGUUGUUGCACCAGAUGUUUCUUUUGAUCCCGAAGAUUUAGAGCAGAUAUAUGAACUGUUUAAGAGAGAGCAUUUCAUCAGCUGCUACUGGGGUGGUAGUAGUCCUGUAAUUCAGCGCCAUGACCCAAGCAGACCAUAUGCUGAACAGUACAUGGUAGACUCUCAGCAGUUUUGCUUCCUUUUUCAUCUGUUAUCAGUGUGGACAUGUGGCACGCACACCCAAGUUUUAGCUCUGAGAACAUUUAGACUGCUAGAUGAAAAUGGAGACAACCUUGUGGACUUCAAAGCCUUUGCUGGAUGUUUGGAUACUAUGUAUUAUGGAGAAAUGAAUGAAAAAAUACAGCUUUUGUACAGACUUCAUAUUCCCCCAGCACUUACUGAAAAUGAUAUCGACAACCACUCACCACUGAAGAAUCCUUUACUUUCAACUACAAGGCCACUGGUUAUUGGUAAAGCAAAUGGUGACACAGUGGACUACAGGAAGCAGUUGAAACAAAUGCUUAAAGAUCUAGCCAAAGAAAAUGAGAAGCCUGCAAAAGAAUUGCCAAAGAUGGCUCAGAGAGAGUUCAUUCAGUUAUGUAAAACACUGUACACCAUGUUUCAUGAAGAUCAGGAAGAAAAUGAACUCUACCAAUCAAUUGCCACUGUCAGUACUCUCCUGCUUCAGAUUGGUGAGGUGGGACAGAGAUUCAGCAGCUCAGGAAGUGUCUGUGAAGAGAUUUCAAAUGAAGUAUCUUCAGAAGCAUCAAACUCUGACCAGGAUUCUGUGUUUUCAGAUAAUGGAAAGCCUGAGCGCAAAAAUUCUCAGCAGUUGCCAGUUCUGGAGUCUGUCUGGAUGGUAUCAUUUGAACAUGUCUUAGCUUCACUUUUAACUGAGCAGUCACUGGUAAAUUUUUUUGAAAAAACAGUGGAUAUAAAAGCAAAACUUGAAUAUGCUAAAUCAAAUCAAUAUAAUCUAAGAACUAAAGGAUCCGUCCUACAGACGUGAUGGGAUUAUGGAUAUGAAACUGAAAUUAGCAGAAAUCAAGGCCUUCAGCAUUACAGAUUUUAUCUAGGCAUUACUGUAACUUGUUUGUUUCUGCUUUAUUCAAUUCUGCAGUUUCAUGUCAUGUUUCUCUAGUCUCCAUUAAUUUCAAAUACUGUUCAAUUCUGCCAUUAACAAAAAAAAAUGUACAGGAAGUACGCCUGCAUCCAAAGCACUUGUUUGAAUUCAAAAAAGUAAUCUAAGUGAAUUGUCUUAUUUGUAGUGAUUGUGUAAUGUAAAGACGAGGCCUAGUGUGUGUGGUUUCAGGUGUUCCUGCCAGUUGUAUUUUUCGCAGCCUGUAUUGUGUUUUGGGAUCACUCAGUUAUUUUUUUUUUUCUCUGAAUGUUUUCAUCUCUUUGCUUACCAACACUGAGCUUCCACUGCAGCCAAAAAUACGAACUUGUUCCUACUCAUGUGAUGAGAGCAGAGCCAUCAUCUAGGCAGCCAACAGAGGGGUAAAUUGUUUUAAGUCCUACCAUUCUCUUUGCAUGCCUGCAAAAGGCCAGUGCAAAGGCUUGUCUUCAACUUUUGUGAAUGAAAUAGCCCCACCCACUCCACACCCAUAUAUGUAAAUUCUUUUGUCCAUUUCUAGCCUCCAUAGAGGACUGUAGGUUGUUUGUGCAUCUCAUGACACAUGCUCAGCCCCUUCCCCAGAAAAUAAGGGCAGUUCUGUCUCAUCACUCCUCUUCCUUCUAUUUGGUUCCCCAGGAUAGCUAAACAAACCAUUUUAUCUUUGUACUCCACAGAGCGAUAAAGGAAAUUCACAUUUGUCAUGUAGUAUCUCAUUUACAAACACUGAAGUAUUAACAGUUUGGCAUGUGCAUCUCACAUCUUUUAAUUUAUGCCAAAAAAUAAUCACAUUUCCCUUUUUUUUAAAACUGUGUUUCUCUGUCUGCCCUGCUUAGUCCUCUAACUGUCCUGUCAGUUAUGUCUGCACACUUUGGAUCCUACAUUUGCUGAUUACCACAAUGUAGUAGUAUUGCCAGAUGUCCCCCUUCUGGCUCCUCUGGGAGUUGACCAUGCUUAACCAAUUAGUAGUGUCUAUGGAGAAAGGGAUUCCCUGGGGCAAUAAGGACAUGGCAGCUGGAAUCCUUCAUGUAUGCAUAGCCAGUCAGAACCCAUAGUACUGUGAAAUGUUACGUACAUUGAUGUUGCAGUACCCCCAUUAAUUAGGUUACCAGCAAGACUCCUGGUCUCCACCAGAUUUCUUACAGGCAGUCGUUACAACUGAAACAUGCCAUGAUAUAGGAUAACUGACCUCAGGUCCCUUAUUCUGUCCUCCCCAGGCCAACUUCAGUAGAGAGCAGAACCCAUUUCCGAACUUUGGCUGCUGUCUGCCCUGAGUUUUGUCAUUUGGUCAAAUAAUUUAUAUGUAUGUAUAUAUAUAUAUAUAUAUAUAUAUAUAUAUAUAUAUAUAUAUAUAUAAAAAAAAUUUUUGAUGGAAUUUUAGUAGCUGCCCUUGCUGAUGGCUGCUGACAUGUUUUAUACAGGAAGGGGUUGUCAUACCAUAGGACUGGUGCCAAGAGAAGGAGCAGCAUACUGGCUAUGGCUUUGCAUUGUGCCUGUUUAACAUUGGAAGUAAAGAUACUGCAACACAAAAAAGCUGCUACUAAAAGAGAAGCUUUUGGUAGCUGAUUCAAAGUGCUCCUCAUUUCUGUUUGUUGUAGUUCUGGAGAGAAACUGAGCCAAAAUAAUUGUUUCAAUGCUGGUAAUUGAAACUGUUUUAAAACUGUUUGUUGACUGUAUAAAGAUUUGUGUAUCACUGCAGAGUAAACUUUAAUCAAAUGUCAGGUGUACAUGGAAUGUGCUUUUGACAUCAGUGAAAAUCUUUUGUGCUUCUUUUUCAAUAAAUACAUUUUCUACUGGUA